AUGUGAAUUGAGGCUUUGAACUCUCCAAAGGACACAACAACAGAGAAAAGAAUUUUCAGAAAAGAGGUUUUGCGUUUCGUGUUUUGAGUUUCCCGUUCAGUUCUCGAAAACGGCGUCGUUUGAUGGGCGCUGAAAAAUCCACCAUGGCCAUCACCACUAGAGAUAGAGAUCGAGAGCUUCUCAUCCCCGUCUCCGCCGUCGAAGGCCCUGCCGCCUCUUCCUCCUUGCCGUCGUCGUCCUCUUCGUCUUCCCCGCAUCAUCCUGGACGUGAGACUUUUUACAAAGUUAUUAGAAGCUGGGCAUCAAAAAAGUUCAUGUCAGGAUGUGUCAUCCUCUUUCCAAUUGCUAUCACCUUCUAUGUAACGUGGUGGUUUAUUCAUUUUGUGGAUGGAUUUUUCUCUCCUAUCUAUGCUCAACUUGGAAUUGAUGUUUUUGGUCUUGGAUUCGUAACUUCCAUAACUUUCAUCUUCUUGGUUGGGGUUUUCAUGUCAUCAUGGUUGGGUGCAUCUGUCCUGGGUCUUGGGGAGUGGUUUAUCAAGCGAAUGCCACUUGUUCGUCAUAUUUAUAAUGCCUCCAAGCAGAUUAGUGCAGCUAUCUCUCCAGAUCAAAAUACACAAGCAUUCAAAGAGGUAGCCAUCAUUCGGCAUCCACGUGUUGGAGAAUAUGCAUUUGGGUUCAUCACCUCGUUUGUUACCCUUCAGAACUAUUCUGUAGAUGAGCAGUUAUGUUGUGUCUAUGUUCCUACAAAUCAUCUAUAUAUCGGUGAUAUAUUUCUUGUCAGCACCGCAGAUAUCAUUAGACCAAACCUGUCUGUUCGUGAAGGAAUUGAAAUUGUUGUUUCGGGAGGCAUGUCAAUGCCACAAAUUCUAUCAACGUUUGAUUCACGCAUCACACCAGGAGAAAUAAGUAGAAUCAUCAGAAGCUGAGAGUGAAGAGCAUAGAUGUUCAUUUUUACCUGUGUAUAAUGUACUGGUUUUCCACUUGUUAUAGCAAUUCAUUUUUGCAGUUCUUAUUAAUUGAUAACUUUCAACUUAAUGUAGUGUUUCUUUCUUUGCUGUUAUCAUUAACCAACUAACUAAUCAUCAAUCUGCUACCAAACAUCGUUAGCAGACUGUAAAUUAAAGUUUAGUUUGCACCUAAGUCAAAUAAAUUAAGUUCCAAGUAA